AUGGUCAAUCCCACGAGAUACUGGCCUGGUGGCAUCCCAGAAAAUAUUCGGUUGCACCCGCAGCCAGUUGUCAGCUCUUUGAAAGAAAUGGUGAAAGGCUGGCAACUCUUCCUCGAGGUAGCUGACAGUCCGAUACCCCCUCCGACACAAAAGCACGUGGGGCAGCUAGUUGUUGACUUCAGGCAGGAGAAUGCAAUACCAAGGAGCUCAGCAGAGCAGGAUGCUUCGUUUGAGAUGCAGCUGCGGCGAAGACUAAUGCAACAAUGGGCGUCAAUGAGUCAGGGCGAACGUGAUGAGUAUCAAAACCGCGCACCAGCUCGGCCGAAGGAUUCAUGGUACCCGGCACAAUUGAGAAGCUCCGGGCCUCCGGAAAUAGUCAAGAUGGUCAACUGCAUUGCGCCGUGGCCUCUGAGCCCACGCAACAGAGCGCUGUGGACCAAGUUGCGCGUCAUGCUGUAUUGCUUGGACGGCGACAACGGCGCCUUGUUUGGCGAGGAGGAUGGCGAAGUGGCGGUUCCGGAGCCAAACCCAACUGGACCUAAUCCGCUUACGCCCCAGGAGUUCCUCAAGUGGUGCUAUGUUGAAAGCGCGGACUUGGCCCACAUAGCCAUGAUAUCUGAUGGAACUGUGAUUUGCCACAACUGGCAAAGCACUGUACUAUUCGCGGAUCAGCAAUCCUUAGAAACGGGGCUCAUGUUGCUAUGCGAUAUUGAAAAUAACGGACAGGUAAUGUGUAAGGGGCGAGUAUGGCCGGUACUCAUGAAGGAUGCAUACGUGAGUAUGACGGCGUCGGGCAAGUCGGUCAAAGCAAUCCUCGAUCAAGACAUGUUCAAAGCGCCCAUAGAGUCCAGAAACGUGAACAUGGAGGAUACGAUGAUCAACAUCCUCGACUCAAAGGCAGCGUACCUCAACAACGCCGAUAUCGAUAUUUGGGAGGAAGCGAUUGAGAGGCCGAUCGCCGAGAACAUCAAGCGGGUGGUAAUCGUAGCAAAGGAUGCCCGCGAUACCAUUCAGUCGUGGCGCCGCAUCCUCAGGAACACGGGCGUCCGUCAUACCAGGGACUUGAAAUACCGCUUCCUGCUCGCCAUCGACCCCCCACGCGCCGCGGACAAGGUCUCCGGUCGCAAUGGCGCCGAGCGGCCACUAGAGAAGGAGAUGGAACGCUGGCGUAGAGAUCUACAGAUGCUGGCCAGGCUGUCGGGGGCCGCGAUGGACAAGCCGCCCAGGGUAUGGCCGCCAGGCCGCACCGAGGCUGCGUUUGGCUUUUGGAUGUUCCCCGUCAACGUGGACGAUGAGGCUCCGCUUGGGCUGUCGGAUGACGUCCCGAUCAAAUUGCAUCCGAUAUUGGGACCUCUCGGACUAAAGUCCUAG